AUGAAGUUCUUCAAUGCCUUGCUCUACGGAGCUCUCCUCUUCUCAGAGGUGUCAGCUACCAAGAAGUUGACAGCCAGCCAAGUCGAAGGUGACAUUAAAAAGUCCAAACUUCGAAAGACUCUUGUAGACCUCAACAACAUCGGCAAGAAGCACGGCGGCAACCGAGCCUUUGGUCUCCCCGGCUACAAGGCCUCGGUCGACUACAUCUACAAGGAACUCAAGAAGCACAAGAAAUACCUUGACACUCAAAUCCAACCCUUCAACUAUACCUUUGAGCAGACGAGGGAUAUCCAGGUGCGAGGACCUGAUGGCGAGGAUGUCUAUGUCAUCACUCUCAUCUACAACGUCGGUACACCUGCUGGUGGUGUGACUGCUCCUCUGGCCCUUGUGCCAAUUGACGACACCCGCGGAUCUGGAUGCUUCGCCGACCAGUGGGAGGGUGUUGAUGCCAAGGACAAGCUCGUUCUCGUCAAGCGUGGUUCAUGUGCCAUCUCGGACAAACUCAAGCUCGCAAAGAAGGCUGGUGCUCGUGGCGUUCUCCUCGUUCACAACGCUCCUGGUGAGGGUAUCACCAGCGCUACACUCAGCGCCGAGAACCUGAAGCUUAUUGUACCCGUUGGCGUCAUUCCUCAGGAGGUCGGAAAUGCUUGGAGGAAGCGCAUUGAGGGUGGCGAGUCGCUCGAGGUCACUUUGCUGGUGGACUCGUUUUAUGAGACCCGCGAGACCUGGAACAUUAUCGCUGAGACAAAGCAGGGUGACCCUAAGAAUGUUGUCAUGAUGGGUGCUCAUCUUGACAGUGUCCAGGAAGGUCCUGGUAUCAACGACGAUGGUAGUGGAACAGCCGGUAUCCUUGAGAUUGCCAAGUCUUUCACCAAGUACACUGGUUACAAGAACAAGGUCCGCUUCGCUUGGUGGGGUGCCGAAGAGAGUGGUCUUGCUGGAUCUUACUUUUAUGGCGAGCAGUUGACUGAGAAGGAAGCCGACAGCAUCCGAUUCUACUUCAACUACGAUAUGAUCGGUUCUCCCAAGCCCCAGUACUGGGUGCAAGCUAGCAAGCCCGCUGAUAGAGUCGGUGGUGAUAUCCUCGCUGCCUGGCUUCGCAAGAAGGGCAAGACCGUCCAGUGGGAAGAGUUUGGUGAAUCCUCCGACUACGCCGCCUUUAUCGCCCUCGGUAUCCCCUCAUCCGGCAUCUUCACCGGCGCCGACGCAGAGACCGACCCAUGCUACCACUUGGCCUGCGAUACCAUUGACAACAUCCACUGGGAUGCUCUCACUCUCAACACCAAGACUGCUGGUCGCGCUGCUGCUCAGUUUGCCCUAAGCCUCAAGGGCGUUCCUGCGCGUGACAAGACUACUCCCAACCCCAAGAACAAGCGGGCUAUUGCUGCGCGUUUUGAGUUGUGGCAGAAGAAGAAGACGCUUGCUAGCAACUCGCACAAGUGUAACCAUAAGACCAAGGAGGUUGUUUAA